CGUCCGCUAGUUCGCCGCCAUAGUUUAUUUGCAAUUUCUAUUCAUCAGUGAAAUAAAAUUUAUAUCUGCUUUCAUCUCAGAAUUACUAUAUAUUAAAUAAGCUUGUGUGUGGUUUUGUGUUUUUAAAUCUUUUAAAAUGUCUAUUGGUGUGCCUAUUAAGGUAUUACAUGAGGCUGAGGGCCAUAUAGUGACCUGCGAAACAAACACCGGUGAAGUUUACCGCGGAAAGCUGAUCGAAGCUGAAGAUAACAUGAAUUGCCAGAUGACGCAGGUGACGGUCACAUAUAGAGAUGGCAGAGUUGCUCAGCUCGAGAAUGUAUACAUCAGAGGAUCCAAAAUUCGUUUCCUAAUAUUACCUGAUAUGCUGAAGAAUGCACCUAUGUUUAAACGACAAGGGAAUAAGCCCACGGCUGGGCGUGGGAAGAGCGCUAUAUUACGAGCGCAAGCUGCUGGUCGAGGACGAGCAGGUGGUAGAGGUGGCGGCCAUCGUGGAGGCUGGCAAGGUGGCUCCGGACCUUCUAGACGAUAACUAUAGUUUUAAGAUUAAUCUCAUCUCCCUCCUACACUCUAAAUAAAUAUUUGCAAACAGCAACAAACCUAGGAAAUCUGAUUUGGCUACUAAAUUAUUGAUAUAUUUUAGUAGCAAGGAUAUUAAGAGGAAUUGCUGAAAAUUUAUAUUUUGUAUCAUACAUAAUCUGUUUCUUGAUUCAAAUGUUCAAAUACUUGUUAGGAUAUGAUAAUUAAAACCAGCUCUAGAAAGCAUUUGAAUUUACUACAAUAAUUGACUCGUAGAUACUUAAGAUAAGAGUAUAGUAAUUUAAUUCAACAAAAUAGUAGUAAAUUGCCAAAGUAUUGACUCAAGAGUGAGACGGACUUGUGAGUUAUAUUAGCAUUUUAUAUAUAUCCUGUACGUGCAGUGUGUGGAGUGGCAUUAUGCUACUUG